ACUCCACCAGCCCACCACUCCCCUCCUCUCGCCUCCACAUGGCUUCUCGUCCUCUGCUAUGCUCUGGCAUGUGGCUGUUCCUCUUGUGCUGCCUGGUCGCCCUGCUUGCUACCGCCGCACUUGGCCAGAGCCUCCCCGACGAUGCGGUCGUUCUGCUCGACGUGGACAUCCUGGCACCCGAGGCUGAGCUUGCUGGCGAGUAUCGGGUCUUUGCGCACUCGAGCUACGAGAUCCAGGUAGUGGCCUAUGUCCGCGAGGGUGGCACAGACAAGUUCUGCGAUGGAUCUGGCUGUGCCAUCGAUCUAGGCUUCUCCGUCCCGCUCGGCACCGUCUCGUACGUCGCCGUCACCUCGUCCAUCGUCUCGCGGCAGACCGUGACCUUUGACACGCCGGGCUACUACACGCUCAAUGUCUCGGCCACCUAUAUUGAUACCGGCGCGGGCUCUAUCAACGAGGACGACCACGCGCUCAGCUAUCGCUUGCUCGACAAGCCCAUCCACGCCGUCGCCCAGCCGGUCGCCUCGCUCAGCUUUCCGCUCGCCACCUCGGUGACGGCAGCCACCCCAUUCGCCACCCUGGUCUCGUUCACCGCCUCGGACGACAAUACCACGUUCCACUCGGUCGCUCUCUCGCCGGCCGCCCAUCUCGCCUCCUCCAUCGGCUCUGAAAUCCUCAACGAGCGCAUCGACGUCAUCGCCGCAGCCUGGCCGGUGGUCUUUGUCAACGAGCACCUGGUUGCCAGCGCCGCCACCACGUACUCCCUCAUUCACACCACCACCUCGUCGCUUGGUGGUACGAACACAACCAUCUACCCUUCCGCCAUUACUGUCUACCCGGCUCCGGCCAUCGCCUCGGCUCUAGUCCCGCCCUCCGGCUCGUCCCGCACCACUGCCUCCACCCUUGCCCUCCCGCUCCAGGUGUACAUCGAUCCGGCAACGGGCGUUCCGCCCUACACCUACUCAGUCUCCAUCUGGUCGGCCGACGGCUCGGCAGAGCUCCUUCCCAAUGUUGUUGCUGAUGUGGUGAGUCCGGCCUCGCGCUCAGAUUCCGCCUACAAUGCUUCGUUCCCGCUCCCAGUCUCGGCUUUUGCCGCCGUCACGCUCCCGCACGACGUCGUUGCAAGGGUCACCCUUGUCGACGCCGCCGGCGCGCCCGCCACCUCAGUCGGCCAAUCACUUCCAAUCACCGUCGUUCCGCCAGCUACCGUCAUUGGCUCCGUCACUCCUCUGGUGCCCUCCCCCGCGCUCCUCACCGCCGGUGCCACCAUUGCCGUCUCUGUCGAUCGUGACCCCGCCCACCCGCUUGCAGGCUCCGACCCGUUCACUGCGUCGUGGGACAUUGUCCGGCUCUCCGACGGCGCAGUCUUCUCGCUUGCUGCGGCCACCACGGCUUCGCCGCUCAACAUCACCCUCGACCCAUCGAUCCUCGCAUCGCCGACCGACGCUGCCGCUUUCAACAUCACCCUCUCCGUCGUCGACUCGGCUGGCGUCACCGCUGUUGCCUCGGUCCCCGGCUGGUCGCCCACCACUGUCGCUCCGCAGCCGCAGGCCGCCAUCGCCCUCCCACCGUCGGCGUCCGCCCCGGUUAGCGUCGCCCACACCGGCUCGAUCACGGUGGAUGCUUCUGUCACACACGGCAUCGCGCCCUACGCUGCCACUAUCUCGCUCCGCAAUCCCGCGGCGCCGACUGUUCCCGUCUUCUCCUACAACGUGGUUCUCGCUAACUCGUCCGUCACAAAAGUCACCUUUGCGCUGCCCGACUCAAUUCCGCCGGCUUCGGACUACCGCCUUGCUCUCGAUGCCGUCGACAUGCUUGGCGUCACCGCCUCGGUCAUCAACGCCGCCGCCACCGUCUCGGUCUACUCGCGCCCCAACGCGACCCUCGCUCUGGAUGCGCCGGGUGCUGUCGUCACCGAGGGCACUUCUGUUGCGCUCACCGUCGCUCCGGCCGCUGGUGCAGGCAUCGGCGCGCCGUACGCGCUUGUCUUCUCCCUCCUUGACGCCAACACGCUUCAAGUACUCUCCGCAAAUCUAGCAACUGCGACCUACGCCUCGGGCACGGCGCCCAUGGACAUCUCAAUUCCACUGGGGGCUAGCUGGCCGGCGCCGUCACUUCUCACUGGCCUUGCUACCGUCCCGGCCUCGGUCCGCCUCGGUGUUGUCCUCACCGACGCCUCGGGUGCUGUCUCGGCCCGCAUCGUCACCCCGGCGUCAAUCUCGCUGGCUGCCCAGCUCGCCGCAGCCAUCGCGCCGGUCAAUGGCGUCGGUGCCACCACCGCUACAAUCCCCACAGCCAUCGCCGUUGAAGCUGUCACAGGCGGCGUCGCGCCGUACAUCUACGCGUGGUCGGUCGGAAACUCUGACAGCCCGCCGACCAUGACACCGAUCGUCGGCAACUCGCCCAACAUCUCGUUUACCUUUGACCCCAGCUAUCUGCCCGCGCCGGGUGUCUCUGGCACCGCUGCGAUCCGGCUGCUAGUGACCGAUGCCACCGGCGCGUCGAUUGUCGCCAACGCCAGCGUCACCGUCGCGCCCUCGCCGCAUGUUUCGGCGCUUGCCUUGGCCCCGGCCCUCUUUUCCGCCACCGCCCCGCUCACACUAUCGGGGUCCAUCACUGCUGGCGUCGCGCCCUACUCGGUCUCGCUGCGGCCGUACACUCGCGAAGGCGUCGCCAUCCCGCUGCCGGACACUCUGCUCGCCGCGCUCACUUUUGAGCUGGCCCGCGGCUCGGCGUUCUCGCUCACAACUACCCUCAACGACACCUUUAUCGAUGUGCUUGCUGCAGCCGGUGUGUCCACAGCCAGCGAUGGUGGACUUGAGCUCUCCUUCCGCGCCACCGUGGUUGACGCCGCAGGUGCCACCGCUGUCAUCGAUGGCUCGGGCACCAACAUCGACGCAACUGCCUACCGCGCGCCCACUGUUGCGCUACAGGUCCCGGCCACCCCAGUGCCGAACCGCUCAAACGCGUCGCUGGUCGGCCACUCGGUUGUCGGCGGUGUGCCGACAGGCACGUGGACCUUUGCAUUUGCCGUCGGCGAUGGCACGUCUCUCUACGGGUUGUUUGUGACAACAACGUCGAACAUUCCGCAGCCACUUGCCUCCAUCGCCGCACCGGUCCCGCUUGCGGUCCCUGAUGCCAUUCUCGCCGACGGCGUACGCCUCCCCGCCACCCUCACCGUCACGGAUCCAUCGGGCGCCAUCGCCGUCGCCACCGCUGUUCUCACCGUCGAGCCUAGUGUCAGCGAGACCUUUGCGCCCGCGUCGUCCUCGUCUCCGUCUGGCCCGGACACAACGCUCAUUUUCAUCAUCGUUGCGGCGCGGCACCCGGCCUCAUGCUCGCUCUCCGACUCCACGUCCGGUGCGCUCGAGGCUGCCUUUGACGGCACCGUCGACACUGUUGACACCGACGGUGUCCUCACCAACGUCACGCUGCACGAUCUAUUCAAGGAUGUGCUCAAUGCUGUCGAGGAUGCUGAGGCCUACAUCGAACACCGCCAGUCGCGCACGGACGACUGGUCGUCUGCUUCAUCAUGCGACCCGCGGUAUCUCGCCAUCAGCGAUACCGGCCCCGCCUCGACCAUCAUCGAUGCCUCGGUCUCUUCAUCGACUGCAGACUCGUCGUUUGAUCAGAUGUGGUCCGCCUCCUCCAGCAGAUGA